AUGGAUGGUAGAAGAGAGAGAGCAGAAGGAGAAACACUCUCAUCAUAUCUGACCAUCACAGGUGUCUGGUUAAUGGGCUUUAAAAAAGAAGAUGGAUGGACUCGGUUACCUGUUUUUACUUUUGGGUGAGUAUAAAUGACACCUGUCAGAUGAUGUAAAAUUGCAGAUGCUGUUUAGCUAUUCAUUUUGCAAAUAUUUCUAGAAACAAAUGCAACAACUUCCCAGAAAGCAAUGGAAACUCAAUAGUGUUUUUGUAACAGGUGUCUCUUCCAUUCAAGGCAGUACAGAAAACUUUGAAGAGAAUUUGGCAUUAAAAGGAACGGCUGUACAGUCGACCACAUAUUUCCACUGGGGAGCGGCCAGAGCCAUCGAUGGCAUCAGAUACGCUCCAGGUGAAGCCUCAUUCUGCUCCAUCACAUUAAGCCAGCUCAACCAGUGGUGGAGGCUGGAUCUGCUGGAUUAUUACUACAUUUACAAAGUGGUCAUCACCAACAGAGCCGACUGCUGUUCGGAGCGCAUGACUGGAGUAGAGAUCCGCAUCGGAAACUCUCUGGUGAACAACGGUAACGACAAUCCCAGAUGCGCUGUCGUUACUUCACGUGUUCCACCAGGCGGUACUGUCAGCUUCGGUUGCGGCGGAAUGGGAGGCCGUUAUGUAAACAUGUACCUUCCUAACAUCCAGACGUUUCUCACGCUGUGUGAGGUGGAGGUUUAUGGAACAGCUUAUAGGAAAAAAGUGUUUCUGAGGAUGAAAUUAAGCUCCAGCGGUAACACAGCUGCGGUAAACAACACAUUUCUCAAUCAGCUGCAGUCCGCUCUGGGGUUAGGUUCGGUUUCUGACGUUAAACUGUCCUGGUCGAGACCCCCCUAUGGGGCAGUGACACAAGACAACAAAAAAACAACAAGGACUUGUGGUAAUAAACGUUAAUCUGGAACCACAGACUGAAUCAUUCAAGCAGACGUUCAUUUAUUAUUAUUAUUUUUUUUAUAAUUCAUUGAUUUCUGCUGUUGACAUGUUCAUUAUAUUGUACAUAAAAUUGGUUUGAAACAUUAUUUAUAAAUAUGCAUAAGUACUUAACUGAAUGUAUCAGUGUACAUACAGUAUGUGUAUUAUAUUUUCAUUUCAUCAGUGAACACAUGGCUAUUUCAUCAAUAUUCUCAUUCACCGAUAACUACUGACAAUGCAAACAUAUUUAUUUUACUGGUUUUGUCUUUCCUGCAGUUAAUUUAUUACAAUACAAUGUUCAUUAAAGCCCUGUGUUAAAGUGAUGUUGUAUUGUGUUCUUUGAAUGUUCAAUAAUGAUAUUACUUUAUUCAUCCAGUACAACUGAAAUAUGACCAUGAUUGUCUGAGCUGCCUUGUUUUAACUUUGAAAACACAAAAUGUAUGAAUGUUACUGUGUUAACUACAAAAAAAAGCCUUUACUAAAGGACUCUCUUUCUCUCUAUACUAAACUUUAAACACUUAAGUCCUAUGCAUAUAAUAGAAAAUUAUAGUUGAGAAGACGUCACGCCUGAUCCAAAUUAAGCAAAAACAAGAGUGAAGAUCUUACUACUUCUGGAAAAAUAAUAAUAAUAAUUUAAUAAAAAUAAUUUAAUCAAAAAAGAUGUAUUUUUAUCUUCAUGAUAAUUCAUGCAUCAGAGAACUGAUAAAAACAGCACAGUCUGGCAUUUUGCAGUAACUUAGUGAUGAUGAAUAUAAUAUAAUUAAAAUGAAACUUAUGAUGGCUGUUUCUCCUCAGAAAGGCUCCAGAAAUCUGCUUCAGCA